CUCCUCCCUUCUCCCUCCCUCUUGUUCUCCUCUCUUUCCUCUCCAUCUCAUCUUUCUCACCCUAUAUAAAAUCUAUGAACAAAGAUAAAUGAGAAGUCAUCAAAUAAAAUGAAGUUAGAUCACAAAUUGCAACCUCUAAAUAGGGAAAAUUUUGAAAAAGCUAAUUUUUAUAUGCACUAAAACUCUACCAUAUUUAUUAGAGUGGCAAAACUUUUGCCAAUAUAUAUGUAACCAAACCAAAACCACCAUCCUUUACUGCCAAAUGUCGGCUUCCAAUCCCCAACCGACCACAAAUCAUGUCGCCGUUUUGGCAUUCCCUUUCGGAUCUCACGCUGGGCCCCUUCUCACCCUUGUACGCAAACUCUCCGACGCUGCCCCACACUUGCGAUUCUCGUUCCUCAGCACUGCCAAAUCCAAUGACUCUGUUUUCUCCUCAAUUGGGGUCGACAGAGUGAAGCGGUUUGACGUCGGCGAUGGGUUGCCGGAGGGUUACGUGUACGGGCAGGGAAAACAGUUGAAAGUGAUGGAACUGUUCUUGGAGGGGGCGGAGGAGAGGUUUAAGAAGGGGAUGGAGACGGCGGCGAGCGAGAUGGGUGAGGAAAUUGGGUGUUUGAUUAGUGAUGCGUUUUAUUGGUUUGUGGGUGAAAUGGCGGAGGAAAUGAAGGUUGGGUGGGUGGCGCUUUGGACGUCGGGGCCUCGUCCGUUGCUCGUGCAUCUUUGCAUGGAUCUCAUUAGGAAACAUAUCGAUAUCAAUUCUUGUGAAUCAAGAGAAAAACCCCUGGAGUUCUUGCCGGGCUUCUCAUCAAUUCAGGGAGCCGAUUUACCUGAAGAAAUCCUAUCUCCGAACCUAGACUCACCCUUCACAAAUUUGCUAAACAAAAUGAGCCAUCACCUUCCAAAAGCCACCUCUGUUCUCAUAAACUCAUUCGAACAAAUAGACUCUCAAAUCCACGACCAACUAAACUCAUCCCUGCAGAAUUACCUCAACAUUGGUCCACUCACCGUACUCUCACCAUCGCCGCCUCCAUCCGACGACCAUAACUGCUUACUCUGGCUCGACAAUCAACCACCCAACUCCGUAGUCUACAUAAGCUUCGGUGGGUUCCUAUCACUACCACCGCACGAACUAACAGCACUAGCAGAUGCCCUGCAAGAGAGUCAAAUACCAUUUCUAUGGUCCUUUAGGGGAAACCCAGAGGAAGAAUUACCAAAGCGGCUUCUCGAAUCGGGUAAAGGAAAAAUCGUCCCGUGGGCUCCUCAGGGGCAGAUAUUGAUGCAUUCAUCGGUUGGAGCCUUUAUGACUCACGGCGGUUGGAAUUCGGUGUUGGAAAGCAUUGUGGGCGGCGUUCCGAUGAUUGGGCGGCCUUUUCUGGGGGAUCAAAGGUUGAACUUAAAGACGGUGGAAAACGUCUGGGGAAUUGGAGUGGGUUUAGAAGGUGGGUUUGUGACGAAGAGUGGGGUUUUGAAGGCGUUGGGAUUAGUUUUGGAUAGUGAAAAGGGAAAAUUAACGAGGGAGAAAGUUGAGAUUCUUCGGGGACUGGCUCAUAAAGCGGCGGAAUCCACCACCGGAAGUUCUUCUCGGAAUUUCAUCCGUUUAUUGGAGAUUGUAACCAGGUCAAUUUAAGUUCUUCGUUAAUAUAACUCGAUGAAAUAAGUUCAACUAAUUUUCAAGAAAAUGGUUGGGUUCCUACUGAGCAUAGUAAAAGCAAAGAAGGAAGUUCGUGUACAUAAAUGAGGGAUCGCACUACCUUUUUUUUCAAUCGGCAAGGGAAAUUAUAGAAGAAAAAGAAGAAGAGUCGGUGUGAUACAAAAAUGGCGGAUGUUCCUGGAGCUUUGAGGACCCCUCGAUCUGUUGCCGUUGCCCGAUUUAUGGUUCGGCAAUGAAGAUGGCCCCUAGUCGUGUUCUUGAGAUUGUUGCUGUCUCUGUCUGUAGUUCGUUCGGUCAGUAGUGUUUUGUUUUAGGGAAGUCGAAAUCUGUUGGGGAGAACUAAUGUUUCUAACAAAAUUGGAUUAACUACUACAUGACUUCUCUUUCUCCCUUGUGUUUAUGCACAUUUGUUUUUUCUUUCGACAGUUGAUUUUUUUUUUAUCUA